UCGAGCGCAGCUUGUUGACGAUGUAACUUAAUAAAUCGCUUGAAAUUUAAGAAAAUCAUCUAGAAGUCUAUCAAAAUUGUUUAAAGACCACGCCCAAUGAUGGCGAACCGCGCGCCCAUGCUGCGAAUCGGGCAGCAAGAUCUAAAGUGUCGUCAGGGCUGUGGAUUCUAUGGGAAUACACAGUUCGAUGGACUGUGCUCGAAAUGUUUUCGCGAGCGCAACGAUAAGCAGCGGAAAAAGCAGAAAGCUCGGGAGGAUAAUGAAACGAUUAACAGUGUACCCAGUUCCGCUGGCGGACACACUGAGCGCAGGUCGCCGCAGCAUUUGCUCUCUCUGGGUCGCUCAAAGUCAAAGAAGCAGCCGGAGAAGGAGAAGGAGCAGGCACAGAACGAGACACAGAGCACAAUGCCAAAGAAAAAGACCUUGGUGCCAGCGGUGCUACAAAAGACGCUGAAAGGUAAAUUCCCAGCUGUUGGACAACAACAACAACAACAACAGCCAGAGAAACGAGUUCCAACUGCAACCGAGAGUCAAUUUAUGCUGCAACUGCGGCAGCUCCGUUUGCCCGACGGUGCCAAGCGUAAGCUGAAGAGCGAAAUCCAACAUUUGGACCAUGACAUUCGCAAGUACAUGAACAACAACAACAGCAAGAAUGUGGAUGAGUUGUCCGAUCUUGUACAGAACGCGUACACACGAUUUGCAGAUGUUGUGCACAACGAUGCACGCUUUGAGAUUGUUACAAAUGAGGAUCGGGACAUUGCAAUAGAUUUCUUUGAGAAAGUUGUGAUGACACAGAAUCACAAUUUCCUUUUUAGUCCGUACUUUACCACAGACGAGGAGUGCGAUGUCAAAGUCCAGAAGCGCAUACGUCAAUUAAGCUGGAUAACAACCAAGCAUCUGGACUGCAGCAUCGAUGAGGUGAAUGCAGAAUCGAGAGAUUUGGUCUACAAUGCCAUAUCGGAGCUGGUGGGCAUUGACUCCUACUACUCGCCGCAGGAGAAGCUCCUGUGCACAGUACGCUGUUGUCGUCACAUCUUUGAGCUCUUGAAACGUGCAACUGGAGGUCCAGCCAGUGCCGAUGACUUCCUGCCGGCCCUAAUCUUUGUGGUGCUCAAAGCGAAUCCCGUCCGGCUGCACAGCAAUCUGAACUUUGUCAAUCGCUUCACCAACGCAUCGCGCGUUAUGAGCGGCGAAGGUGGUUACUACUUCACCAAUCUGUGCUCGGCCAUCGCCUUCAUUGAGAACCUCAAUGGUGAGAGCCUAAGCAUCAGCUCUGAGGAAUUUGAGGCCUUAAUGUCGGGAGAACAGGUUUACAACACACCCUGGGAGAGCGCACUGUUGGCCUGUGAGAGUCUGCAUCUAAUCUCGGAGAACAUGAAGUGCAUGGAGCUACUGCAGAAGCGCAAUUCAAUGAUCAGCACGGGUAUUACGGACUUUGAGCGGGAACUCAUUGACUUCCAGCGCGAGGUGACUGACAAGGUGGACACAGUGAUGGCCAAAGCACCGCUGACUCUUUUGCCCAUUAAAACGCCAGAGUUUCUUAUUAAACAGGCACGUGCUCAUCUUGUCCAGGAUGGCGUUGAAGCCGCUGUUGGCCACUAUCAGUCCAAUCUGCUAAGUGGUGCACUUGGUCAACACUCAUUGACCGCAAAGGGGAAGGAUUUGCGAACUAUAACGCCAGAGGAUUUACAUUUGGAAGCGGCACACACUUUAUCCCUCAAGGAUACCAGCAUUACCACUGUUGGACGUCUAUCACCACUGCAUCAGAAUAUGCCACAGCAAGAUCAGGUAUUUUCCUCGCCCAUUUUCAAUUACACGCCUUUUGACGCCGUCUCGCUGCUGGAAGAAUCCUCUGACAAUGGAGAUGUCUUAAUGCUGGGCACGGAAUACCAUGGCGGUCUGACCAACAUCAACUAUGAUUUCGAUUUGUCCGACCAGAGCGGGGACAACAGCGUCGCAGAUGAGUCCAAGUUGAACCUCGAUGAAUUUGAUCCACUUGUCACAAAAACAGUCGUUAAGAGCAGCGCUGUGGAAACAAGUCUGCUGGAUACCACAACGGAUAGUUUAAUAGAUUGUGAUGUGCCGGGAACUGAUGUGCUCCUGCCAUCGCCUCUAAAGCCAGAGGUGGCCAAUUAUCGCGGCUUCUCAAACUUUGAUAUUCCUAGCAUUUCCUGCAACACUGGAGAUUUCAGCUCGCUCAAUCUGGAUAUCAAUGAUCCGGUUGAUGGCAACAAAUAGAUGUUCACUCUGCACGUAACAAAUUGUAAA